CAAAUUUCACAGUUAUAUGUUCCUUUACAUGCAGUGCAGUACUACUUACUUCAUCUCCUAAUUACUUUUGCUUCAAAUAAUAAAUUCUUCAUUUAUUAAAAUCAAAAAUCCAUACGGAGUCAAAAAUGAUUGCUAGCUGCGUUGGCAAUUGCAACUAUGCAGGCCCACCACCCGACUCAAUACUAUCAAUGCCACCACCCCCUCUACCGUCCUUUCUGCUACCUAGGACUGCCGUUAUAGCGGCUGCUGUACCAAUAAACGAUACCCAUCCAUGCUUUGCGCCCUUCUUGUGCGACCCCAGCCCAUAUCCUCACGAAAGUGGGGCCAUCGAAUUCGUCGAACUAACUGGCGUCGAUUCGAAAGGAUUGGAGAACACUUGGCUCUUCGUCUUGAUAUCUUGCUGCGUUGGUGUAAUAAUUUUAGGUGGCCUCUUGGCGGUCAUUUUACUAAAGUGUAGAGACACGCUAUUUUCCAGCUGCAAUCUAUCCUAUCAUGACUCGAAUAUCAAGCAGAAUGGAAUGACGGGUCUGGGCGAUUCUGCAACAAAAGCUAACCCAUUUAUGGCUGGUGGCAUUUUAUAUCCAUGCACCUCAACCAACAAUCGCGACACUUUGCAAUCCCAAUUGGCAAAUGAUAGUCGCUUACUUUGGGCUACCCUAACUCCGCACGGCACACGACACUUCAUAUCGGACUAUCCAGUGGGCAAUGGGAAUGUUGUACAAGAUGCUCACUAUGAGGUGGUGGAUUACCGCACUAAGGUGCAAAAUUCAACGUACCGUGAAUAUGUCAAGCGUGUACCGGUGAAGUCUUUCGACAACAAUGGCUUCGUUGAUUAUGACUACGAAGACCCAACGCCACUCAUGGAUUCUUAUCAUGAUGAUUUGGACUCUGGCUAUCAGGAGCCACAGGAAGUGCUCAACACCCUUCAACGUGUCUGCCCACGCCCUGUAGUCUCGUCACCAACACGUAUCGAUAACCCAAAUAUGGCACCACUUAACUACUAUCCUUCAAAUCGUUCCAAUCACCACUUAAGCACUAAUACCUUGCAAUCCAAUCACUCGUCCGCCACUUUAAAUCGCAAAGCCACUCUAACACGUCGUAUAAGUGAUGCCUCAUCCUGUGGACCAAAUGCUGUAGCUAAACAGUGAAGCGUAAAAAAUGGAGAUAUAUUGUAGAUUGAAAGCAGUCUCGUUGAGAAGAUAAUGGGAGAAAAGCGGUUCAAUGUAAUAAGAAAAUGUCAAGAAUCCUAUUAUACUUAUACAACGAAACGUUAGUUUUGCUAUUGCUAAGAAACGGCCCUCAUGAUGAAUGCGUGGAAAUAAAUUACUAACACUGGGAUGGUAAGAGUGGCAGUUGGGGCAACCGUUCAGUUAUGUUCUGAAAAGUGUUUUUUUUUCUGUGAAAACUGUUUUGAUGGUGUUUUGAUUACUUGAGAAAACUUUAUGAUAGGCAAGUGUGUCAGACUACGCGAAGAAAUAUAAUAAAUACCCAAAGAAAUCAAAAUCUCAAAGCAUUUAUAUACUCGUACAUACAAAUUUUAUUUAUUAUUAUGCAAGUAUGUGUGUAUGUACAUACCUAUAUCAUACGAAAGCAAUAAGGUGUUGAAAACCUACGAAAAUCGUAAUAAAAUGCAUCAACACUCUAGUUACUUGUACUGAGGUAAUGAUAGAUAUAGAAAUGAAUUAAAAUUUAAUUUGAAUAAAAGGAAAUCUUUAAAUAACAGCAAACUACUUGCGUUUGCUACAGAAUCUUUACCCAUGUGUGCUAUACUUAUAUAUUGUGUACAAGAAACUGAACUUUUUUUUUUGACAGAUAGAAAACGUUUGAAAGAGAGAGGAUGAAAGUCACGUACUAUAAAUCGCGAAAGACUUUCACCACGCUAAAAACCGAUGUUUUGAAAUAGAAAUCAAAUUGGAUUUUUGGAUUUUUGGAUUAGUCGAACACCUCCGUUAGGCGGACAAUUUUCUCUAUACCAAAUCUUAUGUAUCGUAAGAAGUUACCAUCCUUUGAGUGGUCACCUCUCUUGGACGGACCAAUUUUACUGAAGGGGAGUGUACGCCUAAGAGAGGUUUCACUGUAAUUGGUUUUUGGCAUGGUGAAUAACAUUUGUAAAUUUUAGUACUGCGCCUUGUUUUAGUUCAUCUCGCAAAAUAAAGCUAGGCAGCUUACAAAUACAGCUGAAAACUGAAAGCUGAACCUGAAAAUGAUUUUCUUUAAGAAAACAAUUUUAUCUAAAUCAAACAAAAAAUGGUGGAGACUGUAUUUUGUUUGUUGACUGUGUAUGCAUGGUUUAUAAGAAAUGUAAUAUAAGUACUUAAUCAAACACCCAAAUUCCUAAUCAAUGAGAAUUCAUUUAAUAUUACAAAUAGGCUUGCCCUCUAACAAAUAAUCGGUUAUAAAGUCUUUAUGUAAGUAAUCGCUUGACACAUAUUUUUAUGAUUAAGUAAUUUUAUUAUAAAAUAUUGAAUAAAAAGGAUUUAAAUAGCUUAGAAAAUUCUUACUGACCAAAAAAUGUAAAACUAUAAACGCCGAACUUAAAAAAAAGUAAAAGCUAUUCUCACUCAAAUACUAUUUAUGAUAAUAAAACUAUUAUUAUAGUUAAAUAUAAAAUAUAAAUUAAAGUAAAAAGAGGUAAUAACAAAAAAUUACACUUCAAAACGGUAACGCGAAUGGUUUUAAUCAACUUUAUAAAAGAAUAAAAGUAAAUAAAGUCACGCAAAGAAUUUUCAACAGGCGAAUUGAUUAAUUCACAAAUAACACUAAGUUAAAGACGAAUUAUGAUAUAUAUAAUAUAUAUAUAUAUAUAUAAAUAUAUAUUACAAUGAUAAUAAAACCGCCGGCUUUCAAUUGAUCUCUCGACUCGUACGUUUUAAUAAAAAACGUGUCACAAUAUUUUGUAAAAUAUGACGAAAAAAUAAAAAAUACUGAUUUAAAAUUAACAUUUGAAUAUUAAAAUGAAAAAAAAAGCAAAUACUUAUACACUUACAUAUAUUCCUACACAUCAACACUCAGUCACUAAAAUGCAAAAAAUAUUUUAACGCAUGUUUCGUGUUAAUACGCAAACAAUUUUAAACUCACAUAUUUCCUAAGCCACAUUUCAGAUAUCAUAACUACGUAAAUACGUAUAAUACAAUACUAUAUAAAAUGUGAGUAUAUGUCUAUGAGAGUAUACAUAAAUACUGAAUUUAAAAUUGCUUUUUUAAAAGCUUUAUGUUUUCCCACGUAAUUUUACUUGAAACAGUGAGUUGUAUUAAAUUUUACACAUACCACAAAUAGUGAUUACAUAGCAACAGGCAAUGCUCAAUAUUUAUUUAAUGGUUUUGUUGAAUUUUAUGAACUAUAAGUAUGUUUUAAAGCAAAUAAAGAAUUUUUAUGCGCAACGUGGCGCAUUUAUUAUAAUUCACGUAUAUUUAAGUAAGUGUUUACCGUAAUUAUGUGUUGUAUUCGCUAUAUUCCUAUUUAUACUGGAUAAAAGCAAAAACUCAAAAAUAAAUAAAAAUGUAUUCAAAAAUUAUUUAAUAAAAUGUGCAAAUCAUAAAAAUAUACAUAUAUAAACAU